GUAGUGUGACAUCAUACGUCACGCAUAACAAACAUGGCGGCGCUCUCUAGGACAGAGCUGCGCGGUGUGUUGGAACAGACGCAUUAAAAAGAUCUCAAUGACAACGAUAAACGGUGAACGUUCACUGCUUGUGAGUUAUCUGAGUGUCAAGUUAAAACAUAUCGGGAGAGAUGGGUCUAGAGCGUCUGUGUGGAGUGUUGGAGUUUUACUCCAGGCAGCUCCGACUCGUUAACAUCCGGCACACAGUGUCAGCCUGUAGAAACGCGUCCAUUUCGGCUCAGCCUUCCCCGAGCAGCGGCCUGUCUCCCCGGGUCUCAUGUAUACCGGGCCUGCCCAGGGGGACAUCGGUCCAGUCGAGCCGCCACGCCGCUCACAGGCAGCUGACAGCCCGCCGCAGCCUCUCCACCUCCACCCAGCCCUCCAAAGACGUCAUCCUGUUCCAGCAUGACCGGACCCGCUUCUUCCGGCUCCUCUCCAUCUUCUGCGGGGGUCAGUUUAUUUUCUGGACCUGCCUGGCUCAUUUAGCCUACACUGGGCUCAGGAACACAGGGGGCACUGCAGAGAAAGGGAAAGCCAAGGCGCCCACCACCACCACCGGGCUGGCUGGGAUGUGGAGUUUUGAGAUGAACCUGGGGUCAAACACCUGGAGGUACGGCUUCACGCUGGGAUGUCUGGCAAUCGGUGCAGGGAUCGUCGGGCUCGGGGCUUUGUUUUGCCGUCGCUCUGUGAGCAAGGUGGUCUUACAUCAAGGCGGGAGGAUGGUGACAGUCUGUACGCAGUCACCUUUAGGUGCAAGUCAAGGCUGGAGAACAACUGUCCCACUGUCCGAGGUGGCCUGUCACACUCACAGGCAGCAGUCCCCCUCAUUUAUCCCCCUCAGGCUCAAAGGACACAAGCUCUACUUCCUCCUGGACAAAGAGGGGACCCUGAACAACGCUAGGCUGUUUGAUAUCACUGUCGGGGCAUUCCGGCAUGUUUAAUUUGGUGUUGGGCACCCAAAAAUAAAAAACCAAUGGAAGACUGAUCAACAAAUCUAAUUUGACACAACUAUGGUAUCCCAGCUUCUGUUUGAUUGUUUCUCAGCAUGAAAAUGAAUAAAAUGUGCAAGACUACAAGUUUAUUCAUCUCUACUAUGACUUGAGUUAUCUAUUAACACUCUUUAGAGCUGAGGCAACACAUUGCAUAAUUGAUCAAUGAAAUAAGUUAUUUAAUCAUUCUUCAAGCAGUUAAAUCAAACAUUCCAGUUUCCCUAUUGUAAGGACUUGGUGGAUUUCUGCUCUCAUGUGAUAUUAAAGUAAAGACAGAAUUAAAAUAAUUGUUAGUCAACCCAGUCACAGUCAA